AUGUCCUCGGUGGUCGCAGCGGCCGUCUUCCUGCUGGCAGCAUGCCUUGCUCAGCAAUCUGUUAUCGCAGCUGCGAGUUCAUGGCAGCUACGAGCAGGCCUGACAGAAGCAACCUUAAGUAAUUUGGAUGCUCAGUACAGAGGGAAAAAAGAGUUCAGGAGCCAAAUGAAGAGGGCUCUUAGGCAGGAAGAUGCCGAACAACCACAGGAGGAAGGGGAAAGCUCGCUGUGUGCGCGCUUCCCAUAUGCAGUGUCUUUUCGUGACCACAACGACGUCCACAGAUGUGACGGCGUCCUCAUAAACCACAACUGGGCGCUGACGGCCGCCCGCUGCGUGGACCCCGACAUCCCUUACUCAGCAGGAGGCACGCCCAUCGUGGUGAUCGGGUCCUGCACACUGGACCAUGCUGCCAGCAGCCACGGUGAAAUCGAGGAGACGUUGGCCAAAGAAGUGGUCAUCCAUGAGAAGUGGAAGGGCGACGUUGCGGACAAGUACGACAUCGCCCUCGUGAAGCUCAGCCACAAAUCCACCCAUCAGCCCGUCGGCCUGCCCACCUCGCGGGACGCCCUGGACAUGGGCCUCAACUUCACGGCGCUGGGGUGGCACGAGCGGGAGGAUGGCGUGGUAGGGCGGGAGCUGAGGGGCGCCAUCCCCAUCCACCUGGUGGACAGCAAGCAGUGCAAGCACGACGAGCUGGAGGACUUGCGGAUAGGCAAGACGCUGGUGUGUGCGGUGGGAGGCAACGACGAGGACCUGUGCGAAGCAGAAAAGGCCAAGCGUUACGUUACUAUGCGGAAGGGUUGA